GGAGAAAUAACCUUAAUGUGGAAGCAAAUGCUAGCAAUGCAUCAGUAAGGAAACGACCAAAAGUAGACAAACCACCUACUACGUCAAAGAGAAAAAAAGUUGACAGUACAGCACCCUCCAUGGAAGUUACCUCUACUAUUCAAGAAACAAUCGACAUUCACCAGGCUGCUGAAGAAGGAAUUGUUGAUCCACUUCCUGAUUCAAGCAAAGAAAAUCUUGCUGUUGUCAUUGAAGAUACGACAGUUGCAUCGCCUUCUAUGGAAGCUACCUCUACUAUUCAAGAAUCAAUGGACAUUCCCCAGGCUGCUGAAGAAGCUAUUUUUGAUCCACUUCCUGAUGUAAUGAACAAAAACGUUGCUGUUGUCAUUGAAGAUUCGACAGUUACAUCACCUUCUAUGGAAGCAAGCUCUACUAAUUUCAAGUCUAAUUUUGUGACAUUUCAGUCACUAGUAACUUUAUCAAUGAUACCAAAGAAUUGGAUAUGGUCUUUUGAUCAAAUCAAACAAAUGAUUUAUUGCAUUUCGAUGGAUCAACUACCAAAUGGAAAUUAUAAUGUGAAAAGUGUACAUUUUCAAAACAAACAAGAAGUAAUGUAUUAUGUCAACGGAAAGAACAUUCCAUCAAGCACUACUGCUUUGUCAAACCAUUUCACAACAGUUGAAAAUAUAACGCAAUUGAUAAAGGAUUUCAACGAUCGAAAAAUUUGUUCAUGCAUUCCUCAUUAAAGGUUCAUAAAUAUUAA